AUAGCCUCACCUUCAUGUCCUCACACCUCCCGGCCUAAUCCAGGACGGGGAGCAGCACCCCUUCAGCCCAGAUCCUGUCAAGGCUGAAGCCAUUCAACAGACUGCAAGUAAUAUUACAACAUUUGAAAAUGUCCAAGCAAACAGAUUCGACAGCUGAAGUGUUGUUGGAAAAGAGAGGAGGUGCAGGAAUAAUAACUUUGAAUAGACCCAAGGCUCUCAAUGCGCUAAAUCUUUCUAUGAUCCAACAAAUAUAUCCACAAAUAAAGACUUGGGAGCAAGAUCCUGAAACUUUUCUAAUAAUUAUAAAGGGAACUGGAGGAAAAGCUUUUUGUGCUGGGGGUGACAUCAGAGCCAUCACAGAUGCAGGAAAAGUUGGAGAUAGACUGGCACAAGAUUUCUUCAGAGAAGAAUAUAUCCUGAACAAUGCUGUUGGCACUUGCAAGAAGCCGUAUGUGGCACUUAUUGAUGGCAUUACAAUGGGAGGGGGAGUUGGCCUCUCAGUCCAUGGACGUUUCCGAGUUGCUACAGAAAAGACACUUUUUGCAAUGCCAGAAACAGCAAUAGGCCUUUUUCCUGAUGUAGGUGGAGGAUAUUUCUUGCCAAGACUAUCAGGAAAGAUUGGCUAUUACCUUGCACUAACAGGAUUUAGGCUGAAAGGAAGAGAUGUACUAAAAGCUGGCAUUGCUACACAUUUUGUAGAAUCCGAAAAGCUACCUGCCUUAGAGAAAGACCUGAUAGCACUGAAAUCUCCUUCAACAGAAAAUAUUGCAGACUUAUUGAACUCUUACCAUGUGAAGAGCAAAGUUGAUCAAGAAAAGGAGUUUGUACUUGAUGAACAUAUGGAGAAGAUUAACAGUCUUUUUUCAGCAAAUAGUAUGGAAGAAAUUGUUAAAAAAUUAAAGCAAGAUGGUUCUCCUUUUGCCAUUAAACAGCUAGAGACUAUUAAUAAGAUGUCACCUACAUCCUUAAAGAUGACUCUUAGACAGCUCAGAGAAGGAGCUUCCAUGAGCUUACAAGAUGUACUCACGAUGGAAUACAGACUGAGCCAAGCGUGCAUGAGAGGCCAUGACUUCUAUGAAGGGGUUCGAGCAGUGCUGAUUGACAAAGACCAGUCCCCCAGAUGGAAGCCAGCUGCUCUAGAAGAAGUCAGUGAUGAAUUUGUGGACGAUUGUUUUAAGCCACUGGGAAACAACGAUCUCAAGUUGUAAAGAUCAAGCCUAUUGACAUCUUAUACAUCUGCGUAAUUCUAUGAUAUAAAAAUUAAUAGUAGUGUGAUAAAGUUUGACAAGACUCUUUUAGCUAGCCUGAGAUUCGUAAGUCUAAUUUUUUGCAUUCAGGAACAUUCUCUUUUGUUCUGCUGCCAUAACAGCAAAAUAAUCAUAUCUCUGGUUAAUAAGGGGAAAAAUUACUUCAAGGCAAAUAAUUGUUAUUUUUAUUGCGUUACACAAUGAUUAACAUUUAAUUUCUUGCAUCAGCUCUUAGUUUAGGAGGAACCUUUGGGGGAGACAGCAUAGUUAAGGGAUGAUCUAAUAAGCAAGAAGUCAGGAGACCUUUGUGUUCUUGGCUCUGUCGCUGAUCUGUUAAAUUGGGAUUGUGCCUCAGAUUCUUCUCUAUACAAUGAAAAUAGAAUAUACUUAAAGCUUUAAAACAGUCAGAGCUACAAAGGAAAAUGCAAGACAUGCUAAAUCCAUGGUGUUACGUAGUCUUUUAAAUAAAAGGUCACUGACACAUUAUUAGUCUGAGAGCAAGAAAUUGUUCUAUUGAUUUAACAUUUGGUCAGUAUUCAGUCUUGCUAUGUGAUGUAGACAUUGUUUCAAAUGUCAUAAUAUUGCCAGAGCCUAGAGCACACUUCUGUUUGCUUGUAAAACCAUUUUUUUUUAAAUGCCAUUAAAUUUGCUUGAACUGCA